CCCUCAUCCUCAAAACUCAAACUGCACUUUUCCUCUCUUCUACUCUGAUUUACUUUUUGGUUUUCUAUAUUAACUAUUUGUUACACCUUGAAGAAACAAUCUUUUUAGAAUUUCAGACUGCUGGUUAAAUAAAAGAGGUAUGGAUGAUGAGGAAUCCAAAUGCAGUUCAGGAUAUGGCAAACCUCCUUGGAUUUUUAAAGGCAGUGCAUUGUACCAGUUUCAUCUUGUGAAAGCUGAAGUUGCUAAGGCCAUUAUUCCUAAAGAGUUUAGAUUAGUUGAAGCUUUUGGAUACACUUUAGGAGGCUUCUUUCUUGCAAACUAUAAUGAGAGCCCUUUUGGAAUGUUCGAUGAGCUUGUGGUGAUCGCAGGAAUUGUCUGGAACCCGCCAGUCUCUCAUGCAUGGGCAGCAAGGGUUUAUGUUAACAAUGACAAGGCGUGUAGGCAUGGAAGAAAGGAGUUCGGGCUUCCCAGUCAAGUUGCCACGUUCUCAAAGAGUAUAAAAGCCAUAUCAGCAAGACCAAAGGAAAAAAGCAAUGGUUUCUCGACUAUCAAUGAUGUUGGUACCCAUGAUAACAUGAAUAUAGCUGAAAUCAAUGGUCAUGUGGCAACUAGCCUCUAUGAUAUUAGACUUGCAUCUCCUGUUUCGGAGAUGCAUUCAUUAAAGUGGAUGGCUAUGGGCCCUGCGAUUAAGAUGUCCCUUCCAAGCUUUAGUGGCCAUACAGAGCAUAUACCUCAGCUUCUCAAGUAUUAUUGCCAGAUUGAUUGCAGGGUGAAACCUACAUCGCCCGCAAAAGUUUUAGGGCUGAUGGACCGGAAACAUACCUCUGAAAUACAAAAUGCUGAGUUGGAGGAGUCCUUGGAGAAAAGAGAAAUGAGCAUAGCUGUAAUGCUUUCUAAACCCAUAUUAGCCCUGCAGUUCAACUGCCUGAAGAUGGAGGUUGAACCUCCAAUUGUAGUUUCAAAAGGUUCACAUAACCUGUCCUAAUCGAUGUAACAAAAAAGAGGACCACUGCCUAAAUGGCUACAAAAGAGAAGAAUUAACCCCUUAUUGUAUUCUUUAUUCAACUUGAUCAAAAUAAUAAAGUCACAAGUUUAACUUCA